GUUUCCUGCAGUGCCUCCGAAUGGAUGUCCUUUACUCAUUUCCAUCCAACAUGUUGUCGUGGUGACACGACAUGAAACUGAGAGGAGGAGUCUUCACACUGUCUGUUCAACUCAUCUUACUUAAACGUUUGUAGGAAGGAUUACUUGCUGCUUGGGCCUUUUUUUGCUUAGCUUUCAAAAAUGCGUCCUCCUUUGUUUUUAUAAUUCCAGCAAUGGGCAUUCUUCUAAGUGUGAUGGACUCUAACAAGUACAAUAGUGUGAUCAAAAAUGACGUUUUAAAAAUGUUAAAAUAUUUAUUUUUCUCAUACCUUUUCGUUUUUUUACUGUGUGUUAUUUCUUUAUUUAGUCCAAUCCAGUGGACUUUUAAAACUUUUCAAAUGUUAAUCUGAAAUGCACCACAAGAUGGCGCCCUGCUUUUCCUUGCUCCGCGCACAGCCAGCGUUAAGGCCUAAUUUGACUAACAUUCAGCUACAUAUUAUCAUGGUUUAACUCUAUUACCACUAAAAUAUAAUAUAAUAAAGAUAAAAACAACAGCUGGUCUUUGGGAGGGAACAUUUCUUUUCAACUUAUUUCCAUGGCAAAGUUUGUUGUGAAAUCCGAGUCAGAGGUUACACUUUACAUGGAAAAUGGGUCCUUUCCAUUUCUUUCUGUGAAAAAAGUAGAAUGCUUUCAUCUGCCCUGUCCUGGAUUCAAAAAGUCUUACUUGAACCCUUUAUCCUCCUUUCUGCUCCUGUUGAAUGGGUGAAAACAACACAGUAGGGAAGAAAAGAAAAAAAACCUUUACUGCAUAUGCUGCUCAAAUAUUAAUGUUCCAAAUUGGCUAAAAUCUGACAUUUCUUUUCAGGGCCACUUAGUAUAUUAUUGAUUUAUCCACACGGUAUAUAUGAAAUCACUAAGGCAGCUGUAAACUGUCUUAACUGUCAUGCUAACAUUUUCAAUGAAUGCUCAUGAUAAUCCUUCGUCAAGUUUUCUGUGACAGUUUAAAAGCCCGCUGUGGGAAUGAACCCGUGGGGGCUGUGGGCCUGUCGGAACACAUCAAGUCCCCCGCACCCCCUCUAACUAGGAUGACCCGAGGAGACAUCCCUGUGCAUCUGACCAGCAGUCCUCAUGAGCACCCAGAAAUAGAAAGCUUCUCUUCUUUUGUUCUCUAAGACUGGAAACUAAAUGUUUUUCUAACUCUUCCCUGUCCACCAAUAGACGAUACGAGGAGUGAGGAAGAUCUGGAGAUGAAGGCAGGGGGACACUCAUCCAUGAGGAGCACGAGCGAUGAACAAUGAAGAAUUUGGCUAAAGUACAAGUGAAAAGACACAAGAUUGAUCAAAUUUCAGACUGCAGCAAAGACAAACUGUUGGCUAAUGACAACAAUCAACAUACCAAGAUGGACUUCAAGUGGACCAGGAGUCUGACUGCAGGAUGCCAUGGAGAGUCGUACUCCGUGGUGACCGUGGAUGGUAUCGUUAACCCGCCGCUGGUCCCGCCAUCCCACCAGGCCUCGGGCAGCUCCAGCCCCGGCUCCGGAGGGUCACGCCAUCCCGUCAGCGCCUUGAAGAAGUGGCUCACCAGUCCGGUCCGCAAGCUAAGCUCCGAUGCCAGAGGAGGAGCGGGGCGAGUCGAUAAGCAGAUGUCCGCUUCGGACAGUAGACGGCAGCCGUCGAAUAUUUCCCACGGUGGAGCUCAGCCGAGGCCUUUGGGACCGCAUGACGGCGACUUCACCAUCUUCUCCUCUGCAGAUGCGGUAUGGAAAGAUGGCCCGUUGAGUCGCGAAGUUUCAUCUCCUCUGCCGCCUUUUCAUCAGGGUGACUUAUCGGACCUCUUGCAAGGCGGAGACGCACAGAGUCUUAGCCACAAAUCCAGUGUCAACACUCUCCAAGAUGAAGACAACAGCUACAACGUGACAGAAGAGGCUGGGAGCCAGUUGUCUGUGGUUGCUGACAGCGAGGAAGAAAGAAACAUUGCCUUUGAGAAGAGCUUGUAUGUGCUGACAGAGCUGAUAGAAACCGAAAGGUUAUAUGUGGAAGAUCUUGGACUCAUUGUGAAGGGCUACAUGGCAACAAUGACCAGUCAGGCCGUUCCUGAAGACCUGAAAGGAAAAGAGAGGAUCGUUUUUGGAAACAUUCAUCAGAUCUACGACUGGCACAAGAGUUAUUUCCUGGGUGAGCUGGAGAAAUGCGUGGCUGAUCCGGACACCUUGGCCCAGCUCUUCAUCAAGCAUGAGCGUCGUCUUCACAUGUAUGUGGUUUACUGUCAGAACAAGCCCAAAUCAGAGCACGUUGUCUCUGAGUACAUCGAGACCUUCUUUGAGGAUCUCAGGCAGCAGUUGGGUCACAGGCUGCAGCUCAAUGACCUGUUGAUCAAACCCGUCCAACGCAUCAUGAAGUAUCAGCUCCUUCUCAAGGACUUCCUUAAGUAUUACAGCAAAGCCGGACGGGAUGUAGAGCAACUCCAGAGGGCAGUGGAGGUAACGUGCUUUGUGCCUAAACGAUGCAACGACAUGAUGAACGUGGGCAGAUUGCAAGGCUUUGAGGGGAAAAUUACAGCUCAGGGGAAGCUCCUCCAGCAGGACACCUUCUCUGUGAGCGACCAGGAAGGCUGCCUGCUCUCCAGACCUAAGGAGAGGAGGGUCUUUCUGUUUGAGCAGCUGGUCAUCUUCAGCGAGCCGAUUGAUAAGAAAAAGGGCUUUUCUUUACCCGGAUAUAUUUUUAAAAACAGCAUCAAGGUCAGUUGCCUUGGCGUGGAGCAGAAUUGCGGUGAAGGCCCGUGCUCUCUCGUCCUGACAUCUCGCGGGAUAAACGGCAGCGUGACUCGCUUCAUCAUGCAGGCAUCUUCUCCGGAAAUACAGCAAGCUUGGCUCAGCGAUGUGAUACAAAUUUUAGACACUCAAAGGAACUUCCUUAACGCUCUUCAGUCACCUAUUGAGUACCAACGAAAGGAGAGCAACUCAAACAGCCUUGGCAGGAACAUGAAGUCUCCAAGUUGCCUGCAGCCUUACCUGUCGGCAUCGAUGGACCGCCACCAGCACCUUGGCAUGCUGACUUACAACACCUCUCUUCCGUCGCUGCAUCCUCCCCACCGUAGCGCGGCCUCAAAAGCAAUUUCAAACCCUUGCGUCAUGACACCUCAAGUGACCCACCUUCAGCUCUCGUCAGAGCCACAACUCACUUUGGGCCCAGAGGUCACAGGAAGCCACGAGACGGCCAUUUCUCUCCCACCCCGUAGUCAGCAAAGCUUGCAGGCAACCGCUCUCCAUGACAGUGAAACUUGAGUGCAUGAGCCAGACAGCAGCAUCUGCAUGGAGACCACGCUAAGUCUUUAUCAGGCAUUGUACCUUUCGAAUGCUAUUUUGGUUUACUGUGACACCUCAAGUGUCCAUUUUCAAUGGAAUUAACUGUUUAUUUGAACCUUGCGAUUUGGCAUAAUUGUGUGUUUACAGUUUGUUGGGCUGUUUAGGCGCAGCCAUUAUUAGCUUCUUAUCUGAACCAAACACAUUUGUGCUUGUGUCAGACGAAGAGAAAGAGAGUGCGCAUCUCAGAGUUCUAAAUGCAGUUUGUUUUUGCUUUCUGUGCUUGGCUUUGUGCUGUAAAUAAAGCAAAAAGAAACAAAUGAUCCUGCAAAGUGGAAAGCGGGUACGUACACUUCUGUUUUGCCUGUAAUAAGUCGACGUUUAUAAUAAAAGAACACAAUGUACAUAGCAGUCAGUUGUGUUCAUGUGAAGAGACUCAA